AUUCCCCUCAAAAAACUGUUUUCUUCUCAUAAACAGUGAGAUUUUUUACAAAUCACCAGACUACAGGCGUUGGAGCUUGGAACAAGACAGUGAAAAACUUUUGCAGGACUCACCAUUAAAAUGCACCUGCCUUUUUGUCUCUGUGCUCCUGUUUAAGUGUGUUGUUUCCAGUUGGCAGAUAGACCCUCCCUGGGGCAAAAGUGUUAAAAGGUUUUUGAAAAUGUUCUGGAGGAGCAAAACUGGCAAAUGUUUCAGGUGCUUCUUGGUGCUGCAGUUAGGCUCUUUCUGAGACAAACUAUUCUGAACUAAUAAGAAAUUGCUUAGUAUUUCCUUAAAGAAAGCUCUGGGGAAAAUCCCCUGUAGCUCUGAUUCCAUAGGCUGGGCAGGAUGCCUGAGGUCCCACCAACCUCAUAAAAACCAGUGAAACGAGAGAAAGAAUCACAAAGUUGCAGAGAGUUAGGACAGAAGCUGAACAGGGAAAUCCACCUGGGCUGAUGAGAUAAAGCGUGUCUGGAGCACAGAUCCUCAUAGGAAGAUGGGAAACUGGGUGGUGAACCAUUGGUUUCCAGCUCUGGUGAUCGCUGCUUGGCUGGGCAUCAACAUUUUCCUGUUUGUGUAUUAUUUCCUGAUGUUUGACAUGGAUGAGAAGUUCUGCUACACCAGAGAGAUCCUUGGGUCAGCCCUAGCAUGGGCCCGGGCAUCUGCAAAAUGCCUGAACUUCAACAGCAUGCUGAUCCUGUUACCAGUGUGUCGCAACCUGCUCUCCUUUCUGAGAGGCGCCUGUUCGUUGUGCAGGCGGACCAUGAGGAAGCAGCUGGAUCACAACCUCACCUUCCAUAAGCUGGUGGCCUACAUGCUUGCCAUGAUGACAGCUGUCCACACCAUCGCUCACCUGUUUAACUUGGAGCGUUACAAUGACAGCCAGCAGGCUGCAGACGGGAGCCUCUCCUCUGUCCUCUCUGACCUGCACCAGGAUGGAAGUGACAAGUGGCUAAACCCCAUCCACUCCAACAGCACGACUCCAGCAUACGUGACUUUCACCAGCAUCCCAGGCCUGACUGGCGUGAUCAUCACCGUGGCGCUGAUUCUUAUGAUUACUUCCUCCAUGGAGUUCAUUCGCAGAAGCUAUUUUGAGGUCUUCUGGUACACACACCACCUCUUCAUCAUCUACUUUGCUGGCCUUGUCAUCCAUGGCAUUGCUGGUCUUGUUCGAGGGCAGACAGAAGAAAGCCUUAAGAAGUACAGCCCCCAGCACUGCGCACAGUACCUUGUAUACAGGGAUGGGAGAAGCAGACACCACCACUGUAAGGAACCAGAGUUUGGGGGCAUCCCAGCAGAGUCCUGGAAGUGGGUGUUGGCACCAAUCCUCCUCUAUGUUUUUGAGCGUGUCUUACGUUUUUGGCGUUCUCAACAAAGGGUCGUUAUAACAAAGGUUGUCAUGCACCCAUCUAAAGUACUGGAACUACAGAUGCAUAAGAAGGGCUUCAACAUGGAAGUGGGACAGUACAUUUUCAUCAACUGUCCUUCUAUCUCUGUCCUCGAGUGGCAUCCUUUCACCCUGACCUCUGCACCAGAAGACAACUUCUUUUCUGUCCACAUCCGGGCAGCAGGGGACUGGACAGAGAAUGUAAUUGAUGCCUUUCAGCAGCAAAAACCAAAAAUACCCAGGAUUGAAGUAGAUGGCCCCUUUGGCACAGCCAGUGAAGAUGUGUUCCAGUAUGAAGUUGCUAUGCUGAUUGGGGCAGGGAUUGGGGUCACACCCUUUGCCUCUGUGCUGAAGUCAAUCUGGUAUAAGUUCCAACAAGCAGACCAGAGUCUCAAAACCAAGAAGGCUGGCCAUGCAGUGCUCAACUUUGACACUGUCACUGACGUGGUGACAGGCCUGAAACAGAAGACCUUCUUUGGAAGACCCAUGUGGAGUAAUGAAUUCUCUGCAGUGGCCACUGCCCACCCCAAGUCUGUGGUGGGUGUAUUCUUAUGUGGGCCAGAAGCUUUAGCAAAGAGUCUGCAGAAGUGUUGCCAUCAGUACUCCACGCUGGACCCCAGGAAGGUCAAAUUCUACUUCAACAAGGAGAACUUCUAAGCUGAAAGAAAAAUUUGCCUAGCUCUGUGGCACCAUGGCCUCAUUGGGAGCAAUCUGCUGAUCCUCCACCUCCAUUUUGAGAACUGAACUUGGCUGCAGCUGAGGGCACACCAAGCAAUGCUACUGGAAAUGCUACCAUUCAAACUAUGCCUUUCCCACUGUUAAAUAUGAAGUACAUUCAAGAUGUGACAUGGCAUCCCUCCAAGGGACAAGCACUUGAGCUUUACGUACAAAUGCUGCCUACUCCCUGUGUGCCCCAAUCUUUACAGGCCCUUUUGGGAUGAGAGGAGUGGGCCUUCUCCACUCCUAGAGAUUGCGCUGCAUUGGUUUUGCAUGCAAGGAAGCUGAAAUUAACUUUCUAAUGGACUCUGUUCCCUUUCAAAGUUGAUUGUGGCACCAGCACAAAGGCUCAUAUUGAUUAUUAAACUUGAUUUAAAUGCACUGGGAUUCUUGGAUGUUGGCCAUAGGGGAAAUGUGCUGGGAGGAUGCAGGGUCUUCAGUAACUAAUCCAGCACAAGCCGUCAAACACACUCCAAUAAGCAUUACUGCAAAUUAUGUCUUUAAAGUUGUAAAAACCUCUCCACCUCUGGCCAUAGCAUGGGAUAAACCCCAACUCCAGAGGCUCAUUCUGUCCAAUUUAAGAGGCAAACUCUGUCUCCCCAUUGGCAUGGGGCCUCUGUGCCAGUCUGCAGCACCUGGGAUGGGUCUUCAAUAAAUCUCCCCAAACAGUA